CCGUCAGAAGAUAGGAAGUGGAGACCCCACGAAGAAGAAGCACAGCUAGUCAGAUAAGCACUUGAAGGUUUUAUUGUAGAUUGAACCGAGUAAGACAAUGGGCUGGGGCAUUCACUAUAUACGUUACUUGAUGUUAAAAUGUUGAAAAAAUAUCGUAGCGGCUGCUAACUUGCAAAGCAAUUUCACUGGGAACUUCGGGUCAUCGGUCUGCUCGCUGACAGGCAAAUCAUCCCGUAAAUCAGCUCCAGUUCCGGUGCAAAAAACUCGUGAUUCACCAGAUAUCACAUAGGAGUGAUGUUAAUAUGGAUGCAAAAAUGGAAGCAGAAAGGAAAAAAAUUGAGGAAAUCGGCAAAAUGACGGCCCUUACUCAAGAGGAAAUAACAUCUAACACAAAAACAGUCAUUCAAGGUCUGGACACUCUGAAAAAUGAACAUCAUCAGAUUCUCAACAGUCUUUUAUCCUCCAUGAAAACAAUCAAAAAGGAAAAUGGGGACACAAACCUGGUUGAGGAAAAGACACAGAUCCUGAAGAAGUCAUUAGAAAUGAUUGACUUAGGCUUGGGAGAGGCCCAGGUCAUGAUGGCUCUGGCCAAUCACCUGCAGCUUGUGGAAGCGGAGAAACAGAAGCUGCGUGCCCAGGUGCGGCGUCUGUGUCAAGAGAAUGGCUGGUUACGAGAUGAGCUCGCCAACACACAACAGAAGCUGCAGAUGAGCGAACAACGGGUGGCCACACUCGAGGAGGAGAAAAAACACCUAGAAUUUAUGAAUGAAAUGAAAAAAUAUGAUGCCAGCGAUUCUACAGUGGAACCUGGAGAGAAGGACAAUGAUCAGUCCACCUCUCAAACAUUAGACCUGGGGUUUCCUGAUGAUGACGAUGAUCCCAACACACCAGAAGUCCUGUCCCCAACCCAGCCCAGUGCCAUGGCCCAAGCUGCCAGUGGUGGGUACGAAAUUCCAGCUCGUCUUCGUACUUUACACAAUCUGGUGAUCCAGUAUGCUUCCCAAGGUCGCUACGAGGUGGCCGUUCCGUUAUGUAAGCAGGCAUUGGAAGACCUGGAGAAAACAAGUGGACAUGAUCAUCCAGAUGUGGCCACUAUGUUAAAUAUCCUUGCAUUAGUGUACAGAGACCAAGGCAAAUACAAGGAGGCAGCCAAUCUACUGAAUGAUGCUUUAGGCAUUAGGGAGAAAACAUUGGGACUAGAUCACCCGGCUGUUGCUGCCACAUUAAAUAAUCUGGCCGUCUUGUAUGGUAAGAGAGGCAAGUACAAGGAUGCUGAGCCGUUAUGCAAGCGUGCGUUAGAAAUUAGAGAAAAGGUUUUGGGAAAGGACCAUCCUGAUGUUGCUAAACAGUUGAACAACCUUGCCCUUCUGUGUCAGAACCAAGGCAAAUAUGAAGAGGUGGAGCAGUACUAUCAGAGAGCAUUGCAAAUUUAUGAGAGCAAGCUUGGUCCUGAUGAUCCCAAUGUAGCUAAAACAAAAAAUAAUUUGGCCUCAGCUUAUCUGAAGCAGGGCAAAUACAAGCAGGCGGAAAACCUGUACAAAGAAGUGCUUACCAGAGCCCAUGAGAAGGAAUUUGGAAAAGUGGAUGGGGAGAACAAACCAAUAUGGAUGCAGGCUGAAGAGAGGGAAGAAAAUAAGGGUAAAUACGGUAAAGAUGGAGCUCCCCAGCCAGAGUAUGGUGGAUGGCACAAGACAGCCAAAGUUGAUAGCCCAACUGUGACCACAACAUUGAAAAAUCUGGGAGCCCUGUACAGGAGACAAGGAAAAUAUGAAGCUGCAGAGACACUGGAAGAAUGUGCUGUGAGGUCAAAGAAAAAUGCCCUGGAAGUAGUCAGGCAGACCAAAAUAGCAGAGAUGCUAGGGGGUGACUACUCCAGGGAACAAAGUCCAAAAGACAGAAAAGUACGCUCUAGGAGUCGAGACCGAGGUUUUCGAGACUCCCAAGAUAAUGUUGCUUAUGACAAAGUGGGUGAGGGGGACGAAGUGAGUAUUGGUGUCACAUGGUCAGGGGAUGGGAAUGGAAAACUUAAACGCAGUGGGUCAUUUUCCAAACUGCGUGCUUCCAUAAGACGUAGCAGUGCUAAGCUGGUGCAGAAAUUAAAGGGCAAAGGUGCAGAUCCUAAUGAUAACUCAGGAAGCAUGAAAAGAGCAAGUUCCAUGUCAGUUCUCAACAUAAACAAUGAUGAUAUAAAGCAACAUGAAAGUCGGAGAUCAAUAGGUGACUUAAGUUCAAGAGGAAGAACAGCUAGUUCUGAUCAGCUAUCCAGCAGACCUUUCUAGCGCCCACCAUAUAGCCCUAGUCAGUAAUAAAUUGAGCAACAUUAGACCUGUUCUAUAAUGUAGACUGGCACAGUUAAGACCAGAGCUGAAGUUGGAUUGGUUCUUCAUCUUUAACCACUUUUUGUUCCAAAUCUACAAUAUCUUCAUAUUGAACUUUGCAAAUGAAAUACAAAAAGAGUGUAGAGUCUUUUAAAAAUUCUCAAUCCAGAAACAGAAAUUUGUAUUUAUAGGUGGUUGUUUGUAUCGUACCUUUUCUCUUCAGCCCUGGUCUUUGUCAGUGUCUGUCAGUUCUUGCUAGCCAAGCACAUCUCUGUACAAAUUCUGACAAAUGCCAAGCCUUGUAUGCUAGUAGUCAUAUAUAUAUAUGAAGUUUACCAAUCGGAUGUAAAUAUUUAUAAUGGAAAUCAAUAAGUUUCAAAUGUCCAUUGGCUCCAUAACCACUAACAACUUGUAGAUGACAGUAUGGACAGUGUUCCAACGACAUCAAGUGAUUGUUCUGCAUAUCACCUGUCACUCCAGCUUACAGUGUUUGUUCUGUGCACAGAGUUACCUCCCCCUGUAUAAUGUGCCCGUUUCAAAUUAACAAUUAUCUAUUGAAAUGAUAUAUGAAGGCAUCAGGUUUUUUCCACCUCUUCAGGACAUUUAACUGGUAUAAUGUAUCUGUGUGGUGUGCCACGUCCUGUAUCACAUAUCUGUUCAUGAGGGAAAAUGGUAAUUAGAUUUGGACUUUUAAAAGGAUGAAGCUUUAUCCACUCAUUACCAAGAGCAAGAGAUGCAGUCAAUUUAACUUCGAUCGCAGUGAUUCAAGUGGGCUGAUUUGCAAAUACACGUAGCCUUGUUUCAGGUCAUUAUCGUCAGUUCUAUGUCCAAUUUCACAAAAUGAUUUGGAGGAAAAAUAUUCAUAUUAAUUCAUGAUACCUGAAGUCUCCACAGUUGCAUUUAGACAAGCAAAAUUGCACCGUUUUAAACUGAAAAGUGUCAUGAAAUUGGACAUGGUCCUUAGCAAACAAUGUUGUUAGUAGGUUUCUUUAUCUGCGAAAGAGAUGAUAGAAACCUUCUCUUAACACAGUCUGCCAAAUAAUUGUAGUGCUUCAUGUUAUCCACUUGAUAGCUUCAGGCAUCCUCUAUACCUACAGAGGAGACAAGUUUCCUUUUCGACUUUCGCAACAUCUGCCAUUGGAGUUAUUCAUUUGGACAAAACGUGGGCAUGUCCACAGUAUUGAUUAUGCGAUUGGAGAUAGAAAUUGACAGGCACAGAGGUGGAAAUGCCCUGACUGGCUGAUAUAACUUAAACAAUGUAUAUUUGAAAAUCAGUGUCUUUGAUUUUUACCAUUUGAAACGUAAAUUAUUCCAUUUCACUCCAUUUGUACAUAGCCCUUUCCUUUAAGACAUCCUACAGUAAUUACAGCUUAAUGUAGAGUGGUAAGGGGCAACUCUGUACUGUGUGUUUAUAUAAUGUGUACAGUUAGUUUCACAUGGACUGAUAGCAGGUAGAAUUGUAGUUGGCCAAAACAGAUUGGUACAUACAGAAAAUAUGCUUGCCAGACGUGGCUUAAGGCGAGAGUCUGCAUGCGUCUGUAUUUCUGCAUCUAUCUGCAUCAAUCCUUGCAGUAUACAAAGUCCGUGAUAUACAGCUACAUUGAUUUGCUUCAUCUGUGAAAGUGGAUUUUCUUCCUAUCUGUCCAGCCUUUAUUUUCAUUAGGGGCCAUUUAACAUAGCAUACAUGCUUUUGAGGGGUUCCUUUAGUUGUUCACAUUGUAGGUUACAGGAGUAGAAAAACGUUUGUGCUCUGUCCAUUACAUUACUGACAUUGCAAUUGA